AUGAUAAAAAAGCUAGCAACAAAAAACUCUGGUAAAAGAAAGUUUUUUGAAAGCAACAAACCUUAAAGAGAAUGCAUACCAUACGAUUAGAGUUUACAGCCCAAUACUAGGCCCAUUAAUGGAUUCAACCAAAUAUAGAAAGAACUUCCUUUUAUGUUCUCUACUUCCUUGUAGGAAUCAGAAUGGUUUAUGGAAACAACUUCCUUAUAAAAAUCAGAAUGGUUUAUGGAAACACCAUGCCAAAAGCUAUAAAUAGAUGAUCCUAAAAAGCUUAGCCUCCCACAAACAUACAGAUUCAGUAUUCUUUAUCUCUGCAUCCUCUCAUCAAGUCUUGUUCAAUUCAUCAACUUAAGCUAAGAAGAUAUGGGUUCCAGUACCAAAGCCUUGGUUUUCUUCCUAGUAACAAUGAUUGCAGCAGCUUCGUCAAUGGCUGCAACUUAUGAUGUUGGUGAUGCUUCUGGUUGGACAAUCAUGGGAGGGGUCAAUUACAAUAAGUGGGCUUCUUCCAAGACUUUUCACGCUGGAGACACCCUUCGUUUCGUCUACAACCGAGAUUUCCACAACGUCUUACAAGUGACAUCUUCAGACUAUGAAUCAUGUACUACAACAGCUCCACUCGCCACCUAUGCAACAGGGAACGACGCUAUUUCAAUCAUGGGGGGUGAUGAUCACUUCUAUUUCAUCUGUGGUAUCCCUGGUCACUGUGAAAUGGGCCAGAAGGUUGACAUUCAAGUUGCUGCCCAAGGUCCAGCUAUUUCACCAACUUCGGCAACUCCACCACCACCCUCUAAAUCUUCUGCGUCUUAUCUUCUCUCUAGCAGUCUCCUUGUCGGUUUAGUUGGCGCCGCAACUUAUCUUAUUUCCAUGCACUAGUUUUGCUUAUAAGUCUUUUUGAGGUUAAAUUCUUUAAGACUAAUUACAGUAGGGAUUUUUAUAGUUUUUUUAAUUUGGCAAUCCUGGUAUGCUUGAUUUGUAAGAAACUUCAACAAUCUGAUUUGGAUUUUUAUGGAAUUUAUUGAGAAGUAUGUUUAUAAAUAUGCAGUUGCUUCAAAAAAUAGCAAUCAAUAAAUCAUUAAACCCUAAACCCUAUUUUGCGAAGAAUUAGGGCACCCCACGUCCAACUCCAUUUUUAAAGUAAAUCAAUGUGAGUGUAGACUAGAGUUACGAAUACCACAUAUAUUGAAGUACCCAGUAAACGAUACCAAUAACAUUUCUACUCUAAACUCAAAGAACUUCUAGAUUAAAGAAGAACAAAGGAAGUAGAAGAAAAUCUACGCCUUUUUGUUUUUAGGGUUUUGAGAAGUGAGUAAAACUCCAGCGAUGUUGCACUAGUUAUUUAGGUCUUUUUUCAUGUACAAAGAAAACCACAUAUC